AUGUAUGAUUCUCCUCGUUCGCAUCUGGGAAGCGAAGUAGGGAAGAAAGGAAAAUAUUCGCAUAUGGUCCUUACAGUUUCAAUGUUUUGGCAGCUAAUACCCAUAUUCGACUUGGGAACUCUCAACAACAAAUCUCCAUCUAUUCUCCGCUCAUCAGGGAGAUAUUCAAAAAACAUUGAUUGCAGAUCCAUAGUAAUAACUAACAUUAUCUCAACUCAAAGAGGAUGGAUGGAUGGAUGCAAAGCUAGACAACCAUUCAGAGAAUCAAGUAAAUCAUGUGAUAAGGUUCAAAUACUGAAGAACCUCGUAAAAUCCAUUUGCAGAAAAAGUAAGCCUAUAUGUUCGGUACAAGUUAGUCGUUUGAAUCUGCUUCAUCUUGAACAAGAACUUGAACAAACUAAGGCACAGGUUGCUUUAUUGAGUGGUUUAUUCAAUGCUAAUCAUCUUGGGAUCAUUGGAGCUGCAAACUCAGGAAGCGGGUCAAAGUUUACAAAAUUACAUGAAGUCUGGGGAAAAUGUUCAGCUAGGCUUCUCUUUUACCGUGCCAAGUGGUGGGAAGGUGUUCCCUCCGGCACCAGUAUGUGUGCUCUAAGAUCGAUGGUAUAA